UUGGUUCGGCUGAUGUCGUUCGUGAUCACUCGUCCCGGGCCGGCGGCUGAUAGAGAGGUCCGCCGAGCUGCCCUUGAGGCGACGUCCGUCAGCGAACUCGUGAGCCUCCUUCGCGGUCAGCACCAACCUCCAAGUCAAGCUAGUGACGUCGCUGCACUGAGGGUCGAGUUGGAGUCUGCUCGGACUAUCAACGCUGACUUGACUCGGCGGCUGGAUUCACAGGCGGCUGUGAAGGCCGACCUUGAGGAACGGUUGAAGACCGUCGAGGAAGAACGUGACCGAUGGAAAGCCGAGUCGAAGAAAUCGUCCCCCCUCCUGACCAGCUUCCGGAAGGCGAUGGCCGAGUCUGAAGCUUCCUUGAAGUGGGCCCGCAAGUCUCAGGAUGAUAAAGUGAAGUCGGCUCUCGCUCACGCUAAGGAUCUCGGCAAACAGCUCAGGGAGCGCGACUCGGAGAUUGAGCGCUUGGCUCAACUUCUUUCGGCCCGUGACGCCGAGUACGCUGUGCUCCAGGGGAUCUCGACCAAGCACUUCGAGCAACUGCAGGAGUCGGCUCGGCUACUCAUUUCUGGAGACGCCCAGCCUCACCGUAAUGCCAAGGCUACCAUUAAAACACCAGCGUGA